AUGCCUAAAUGUCUUGUCCUUGGCGACGCCGCUGUUCAAGAUAUUCUCAUCAACCUCAGCAGAGAUGAUAUUGUCUACUUUCGAAAUGGCAUCUCAAGAGCACUUUGCGACUUUUCCGCAACUCAAGAACGCGAAUACCAACCAGAUCCAGCAGUGGUUGUUCGUCCAGAUGGUCGAAAGACGUUGUUCAGACUCUUCACCUCCGAGCAAGGUCCAGGUGUCAAGAUCAUAGUUUCCCCUAACACAGAAGCUCCUGCUGGGAACGAGAACAAAACUACUAACAAGCCAAAGCCGACGUUGCACGGCAUCCUCGCAGUAUGUGAUGAAGAUGGGUUUCCCAAAGGGUUUGUCAACGCAGAAGAAAUUACAGCGUACCGCACCGCAAUGAGUGCUAUAAUACCGUAUUCGUGGCGAUCCAAUACCGCCAACAUUGUGGUCUUUGGUGCAGGCAAGACGGCGUUGUGGCACGUCAGGCUAGCACUGGCCCUGCGAGGUGAAGAGGUUAAAUGUGUCACGGUCGUCAAUCGCUCGAUCGAUCGAGCGAGGUCUAUGGUCGAGCAAGUGCAGCAGGACAAUGAAAGGAUAUGGAAGUCGCCCGCGACAUUGACUGCUCUCGAUCCUGGCGAUUCUAACUACGAGCAAAGCUUGCAGGAAGCUGUAGGCCAAGCCGACGUCAUUUUCUGCACGACUCCUGCAUCGAGUCCAGUAUUUCCUGCACAAUAUCUCACAAAAGACGAAAGCGCAAGACACUGUUUCAUCUCCGCAAUUGGCUCUUGGCAGGCGAAUAUGAUAGAGAUAGAUCCUGCACUUGUUUCGGAGGCAUCUCAGUCAGCUAGUGGGAUAGUGGUGUGUGACGAUCGCAGUGAAGUCCUAAAAUCUUCAGGUGAGAUCAUACAGAGUGGGCUACGAGCUGAGCAGAUUACUGAGCUCGGCGAGCUAUUGCAUAUGCGUGGCUCCUCUUCCACUGACUUUUCUCAGAAGAUGCAGCAAUCUCUUCAGGACGGGUUUGUUGUGUACAAAAGCGUGGGUCUCAGCCUCACGGAUCUUGCUGCUGCCAAUAUCAUUCUGCCUCUAGCCGAGAAGCAAGGAAAGGGAGUAGUAGUGCCUGAUUUCUAG